AUGGGUCGAUUCUUGCAUUUAGUCUCCCUCGCAAACAUUGCUGUUGCUCAGCAAUUUGUCACGGACCCGCUGCGAUACGUCGACCAGCUCAUCGGGAGCAGCAAUGGAGGUCUGUUGCUCUCGUGAUGCAGAUACAAUGCAGUAUCGCGCUGACCGAUCAAGGCAACGUCUUCGCUGGCGCAUCAUUGCCAUAUGGUCUGGCCAAGGCAGUGGCAGAUACCGACAGCGAUUCCAACCAGGGAGGCUUUACCUCCGACGGUACUAACAUCACCGGCUUCUCGAGCAUGCAUGACGGCGGAACUGGGUAUGUAAUGGAUAUCGCAUGCCAGAGAAUGAGCUCUGACACUCGAACAGAGGCAAACCCUCCCUUGGACUGUUCUCCCUUUUCCCAUACGCAUCUUGCACCAACGAUGAGGUGGAUGGAUGCUCUUUCCCAAAGAGUGCGAGAAAAAUUCCAUACCGAAACCAGUCCGUGCAGGCCUCUCCAGGAUACUUCAGCUUGGAGUUGAAUAGUGGAGUCCGAGGAGAGAUGACCACCGCGCAGCAUACUUCCCUCUUCCGAUUCACCUUCCCAAGUAACGGUGGUGGCAGCUCGCUCAUUCUUCUGGACCUUACCGAUCUCUCCGACUCUCGACAAGACAACGCGAGUAUAUCCGUAAACCCAGCCAGCGGCCGCAUGACUGGAGAAGCUCGCUUUGAGCCUUCUUUCGGACAAGGAACUUACGUAGCGUACUUUUGCGCCGACUUCCAAAGCUCUGGCAUCAGGGAUAAUGGAAUCUUCGUCAACAACAGAGGCAGUACAGACGUGAAGGAUCUGAAGAUCUCCAGAGGCAUCAAUGCUUCCCCGUUGCCGGGCGGAGCAUUCGUGCGAUUCAAGGACUCGAGCCCGGUGCUUGCGAGAGUGGGGUUGAGCUACAAGAGCAGUGAGCAGGCGUGCCAACUUGCGGAAGCCGAGAUUCCAGACUUCAACUUUAACACCACACAGACGAGAGCCGUGAAUCAGUGGGGACAUAAGAUGAGCACAAUCUCUGUCUCGCCCGGAGGCGUAAACGACUCCAUGCUCAAGAACUUUUAUUCCGGCAUUUACAGGACCAUGAUCAAUCCACAGAAUUACACUGGAGUGAAUCCGGUGGUGUCGGAGAGCACGAUUUACUUCGAUAGCUACUACUGGUAAGUCAGCUCGUACGAGUGGAAGGUUCGAUGGGCUGACAAUCCACGCAGCAUCUGGGAUCUUUUCCGUUCGCAGAUGCCAUUCUUGACAAUCUUCGACACUCCUGCAUUGAUUGAAAUGCUUCAAGGCCUGCUCACGCUGUACAAGGUGCAAGGGUGGCUUCCGGACUGCCACAUGUCUCUCAACAAGGGUUAUACACAGGGUGGCAGCAACGCGGAUGUGGUCAUGGCCGAUGCUUACAAGAAGCUCAAGACCGAGGCGAUUGACUGGACAUUGGUAUAUGAAGCAGUCAAGAAGGAUGCUGAGGUUGAGCCAUACGGUAGGAUAUCGCACCGCGUGUUCCUGGCCUGACAAUGCUAACAUGCUGUAGACUGGUGCUGCCAAGGACGAGGUGGUCUCGACAGCUGGAAGAGGCUCAACUACAUUCCAGCCCAAGACUUCGACUACAAGGGCUUCGGAACAAUGACACGUACCAUCUCACGCACGUUGGAAUACAGCUACAACGACUUCUGCGUCUCCGAAAUCGCAAAAGGCUUGAACAACCAGGGCGACGCCGAGAAAUACCAACGCACCAGCGGAUACUGGACCAACCUCUUCAAACACGACCAAAAAUCUCUCCUCCUCAACUCCUCCACCGACACAGGCUUCACCGGCUUCUUCCAACCCAAAUACCUCAACCAAACCUGGGGCUUCCAAGACCCCCUCGCCUGCUCCAACAUCGACAACAGCGGGGCCCCCUGUUCCCUCCAAGCGACUGCCGGCGAGACUUUCGAAUCUUCCAUCUGGGAAUACACCUUCUACGUCCCUCACGACCAAGCCCGUCUCAUCACCUACCUCGGCGGCCCCCAGACCUUCGUCAGAAGACUGGAUUACCUCCACGCCCACAACAUCACCUACAUCGGCAACGAACCCGCCUUCCUCACCGUCACCCAAUACCACUACGCCGGCCGCCCCGCUCUCUCUGCCAAACGCACCCACUUCUACAUCCCGGCCUACUUCGACCCCACCAACGGCGGGCUCCCCGGAAACGACGACUCCGGCACCAUGGGCGCGUAUCUCGCCUUCACCAUGAUGGGCCUCAACGUCGUCCCGGGCCAGGACGUCUACCUCAUCACGCCGCCCUUUUUCGAAAGCGUGCGCAUCAAAUCCCCCGUCACGGGCAAGACGGCCACGAUCCGCAAUGAAGGCUUCGAUGCGAGCUAUCAGGCAAUUUAUAUCCAGAGGGCGACGCUGGACGGGCGGGAGUAUUCGAAAAACUGGAUCGAUCAUUCGUUCUUUACCGAGGGUAAGGAAUUGGUGCUGCAUCUCGGAAGGAAUGAGAGUUCGUGGGGGACGGCGGUGCAGGAUUUGCCUCCUAGUCUGUCGAGGUAUCAGUUCUAG